AUGCCGGAGUCUACGCCCCCGCCAUCAACUACAUUCAAUCAAGAAAACAUGUCAGUCGAGGUUCUCGUCGCGCCCGCACCAGUCACAGAGAGCGUGAGGGUCGUGGUGAGCAAGGCUUCGCAGACUGCGGCAGUGUCUCCCCAGCAGCGCAUACAGGUUUUGCUGGCGCAUGACGGCAGCGUCGUACUGCACCCUCACGGCAGCACCCUGUCCUCCAUGACUGCGCCGGCACCCUCCCCGGUACUGGUGGCCUCGACGGUCACGCCUUCGUCGACGAGCGCGCCCGGUGCGACCGCUCUCUCGCGGACCCACUCGGCCCUCCUGGAGCGUCUCUCAGCAGCGCCGCCCGUCAGCGGUGUGCGCAAGAAGACAACGGGGCCGCCCCUGUCAGCCUCCCUUGUCAGAACACCCGUAGGCAGAAAACCCGCAGUUCGGUCGUCAAGAGCAGGUGUGAUCGAGGCGACCUCCCUGGGCGGGCGCAGUCUGCCGACAGCGGCCUUGGCCGUCUCCGUCAUGGCAUCCGCAGCCAACAGCCUGUCGGUUGUAAGCUUUGUUGGCCACUACUACGCGCACGGCUUCAACCUCAUGUGGGUGCUGGCUGCAAUCCCACUCGCCGCUUACGUCACAGCAGUCAGCGUGGUGCCGCUUCUUUAUCACCUUCGCGUGGUUUCGAUCUUCCAGUACUUGCGCAUGAGGUUCGACAACAAGGUCGGCGUCGCAGCCUGCAUCAUCUACUUCAUCCUAAGCCAAACUCUUGGGGCUGUUGGCAUAUACAGUGCCGCUACCGCUGUCUCCACAAUGUUUCAUGUACCGCUGCUGGCAUCAAACUUGGCCAUCGGUCUUGCAGGCACGGUGUACACUGCUCUGGGGGGCCUGCGCAGCGUCGUCUGGGCUGAUUGCGUACAAGCAUUGGUGAUGUUUGCGGCACCGCUGUCGAUCAUUGGCAAAGUGCUGUACGACUCUGGAAGUGCAAGCCCGCCACUUAGGUCCAUGAGCGACUUCAACUAUGCAGAAUACGUGUUCCGGACCGACUUCGAUGUUUCAAGUGACGAGAACAUCUGGAGCACUCUAGUUUCGGCGAUGCCUUACACUUUGGUACGGGUUGCGUUUGACCAGAUGUCCGUACAGCGAUUCAUGGCUGCAAGGACGCUACAGGCAGCGAAAAGGACAGCAGUGGCUGGUGGAUUGUUUGUCCUUUUCUUCUUCACCAUUGCGAUAACAGCAGGGGUGGCGCUGAUAUACUGGUACAGGGACUGCGACCCUGUGCUUCGAGGAGCCAUCAAAACAUUUGACCAGGUCGUGCCUUAUUACAUGAGGGAGAGGCUCUCGGACGUUGCAACUCUUCGAGGAUUCUUUUUGGCUGGACUCGUCGGCGCAUCUACAAGCACUGUCUCGUCAAUCGUGAACUCUCAUGCCGCAACGUUCUACAUCGACGUCAUCUCACCAUACUUGAAGAUAAGUGAGCAGCGAGCGACUAUUGUGAUGCGUCUGCUAGGUGCGGUAUUAUUGCUCUGA